AUGAGUGACCUGUCUCACAGCACGAUGCUGGAACCGUUCCCCAAGAAAAUCUGGCAAAUUUCGCACUUUGCGCCGGAAGAGAAGCCCUAUUUCAUCGAUGACUACCAAGAGUUGUGGCAACUCAUUCAUCCAACCCACCAGUAUCAAUGCCUUACGGAGCAGAACGAGGACGACUUUGUGAGGCGUGCGUUUCACGAAAACGACUCUGCCCGCAAGAUGUACUUCCUCAUCAAGGACGACGCUAUCUUACGAGCGGACUUCCUCCGAUAUCUAGUUCUUCUCGUCGAAGGGGGCGUUUACACGGAUAUGGAUACUCGACCCAUGCAACCAAUCGAUGUCUGGAUCCCAGAGGAGUUCGCGAACCGGGCCAACAUUGCUCUCGGCGUCGAGAUCGAUAAAGGCCAAGGCCGUUUGUGGAGGGAUAUGCCCUGGACGGUCCAGAUGUCUCAGUUUACAAUCAUGGCCAAGCCGAAUCACCCAUUACUUCGCCACGUUGUGGACAGUGUAGGUGAUAACGUCAGCCGAUUUCUAGAAGAACACGGACCACGUCUCUUCACGAAUGCGGUUUUCCGUUAUCUCUCAGAGCAAACUGGAUUCGAGAUGAACGGAGAUGAGGUAUCUGGUAUUC